ACUACCAAUCAAUUUUAUGAAGAAGACUUUAAUGCCACCGUAGACUUAACGAGUACGGAAACGGAAACUAACGAACGCUUGACAGAUAGUAGAGAACCAAAAAUUAGCAAAGAAUUUAAAGCUUCGCGUAUUUAUCAAUCGUUUACUACUACCAGUGCUGGCAAAGAGAGUUUAAUAGAGAACUCAACGUCAUAUUCAGUGCAACGUCAGCAACGGCGGCGAGCUAAGAAUGAAACCAUUAAAGCUGGUGUUAUGCAUAAACGUACCGCUUCAUCUGAGAUGUUAAGUCGUAAUAUUUCAAUAAUUUUGGAAAAUCUUCUAAAGAGUUACGAGCAAUCGCAAUUACCGACACAUGGUCAAGGCGUUCCUACCAUAGUACGCACCAAUAUAUUAAUAAGAAGUAUGGGUCCGGUAUCUGAGCUAGAUAUGGAAUAUUCGAUGGAUUGUUAUUUCCGUCAAUAUUGGCGAGACAAACGUUUAAGCUUUCAGGGACCAAUUAAGAGUCUGUCAUUAAGUAUUAAGAUGUUGGAUAAGAUAUGGCGUCCAGAUACGUAUUUCUUUAAUGGUAAACAUUCCCAUAUCCAUACACUUACUGUUCCCAAUAAAUUGUUGCGUUUAGAUCAAGAUGGUGGCAUAUUAUAUUCGAUGAGAUUAACAAUUAAAGCCACUUGUCCCAUGGAAUUGAAAAACUUCCCUAUGGAUCAUCAGUCUUGCCCUUUAAUUAUAGGCAGUUAUGGUUACACUCGAGGUCAAUUGGUUUAUGAGUGGAAAGGAGCGGACGAUGCUGUUUCUUUUGUGCCGGGCAUGACUUUAAAUCAAUUCGAUUUGAUUAGUAUGCGCUCACGCAACUUAACGUAUACGAGGAGAGAAGGGGAAUUUUCGGUACUUCAUGUAGCCUUCAAUCUCAAACGACAUACUGGAUAUUUUCUCAUACAAGUAUAUGUUCCUUGUAUACUUAUAGUGGUGCUAUCUUGGGUCUCGUUUUGGAUACAUCGCGAGGCGACCAGCGAUCGUGUAGGACUUUGCGUAACAGCUGUACUCACCUUAUCAACCAUUAGUUUGGAUUCUCGAACCGAUUUGCCGAAAGUAAAAUAUGCGACCGCUUUGGAUUGGUUUCUGCUUAUGAGUUUCUUAUAUUGCAUAGCAACACUUUUAGAAUUCGCCGGCGUACAUUAUUUCACUAAAGUGGGCAGUGGUGAGAUACCGGCAAUGAGCGAAGACGAGUGGGAAGAUAUAGAUGAUGAAGCCAUAGCUGAUAUAGAAAUUGAUCGCAUUACGCACGAUCACGACUUACCCACUUCGAUACAUGAAAGUAAUGAAUCGUUGGCGUCUGAGUAUCCUCAAUCAUUGACGGGCGGUUUCCGCAAACGGAAUGUUAUGAUAUGCCCGAUAUAUAAUGAUCCAACUCAUGUGUUUCAAGCGCCUUCUUCACAUGCCUCAACCAUGGAAAGGACAACCCAAACUGAACCACCAAUUAUAUCGAAAACCAAACAAAUGUGGUUGUGUUUCAUAGGUGACGAUAAAUUCCGCAAGCAAAGAGAACGAGAUGCCUCUUCACAGAAAGGAGCCCGUUACAUUAACAGUGUGUCGUUAAUUGAUCGCAUAGCUCGUGUUGCAUUUCCUAUGUCGUUCGCUCUUUUCAACUUGUUAUACUGGCUGGCCUAUACUAUGUUCAAAACGGAUUUCUCAUGGACUUCGGUGAAAGGCUAAGCGUGCCGCAUUAAGCGUAAGCCU